GCAGCUCAGUCCCUCCUCAGCACAAUGAGAAGAGGAAGUGUUUGCAGCAGCACAGUUCACUUAACUUCAGUCUGAAAACAAACAGACCCCAGCGGAUCCCAACUCUACAGGUUCCAUUAGCAGAGUGUCACCAUGGCUCAAGGCUGCCUCAAGUGUUUAAAAUACACCAUGUGUGUCGCCAACUUCCUCUGUUUUAUGUGUGGAGUGGCGGUUCUGAGCUUCGGUGUUUACCUGAUGGUGAAAUUGAACUUCGCUGCUCUCACCCCGACUCUGGACAGGCUCAACAUUCCCAGCAUGCUGCUGAUCAGCGGCAUCAUCAUCACCUGUGUGUCCUUCUUGGGGUUCCUGGGGGCCCUCAAGGAGAACCGCUGCCUCCUCAUGACGUUUUUCCUGGUGCUCUUCAUUCUGAUGCUGGUGGAGCUCACAGCAGCAUGCCUGAUGCUCAUUUAUGAGAAAGAGAUUGGCGAUAUAGUGACAAAGGAUCUCAAGAACGGUUUGGAAAAAGCAAGACAGAAUGACACUAAAAUAAGCGACUGGGAUUUAGUUCAGGAGACGUUUAAGUGCUGCGGAGUCUCUAAUGUCAGUGACUGGGGAAAUAAAAUCCCUAUGUCCUGCCGUACGGAAGCACCAGUUGACUCAAGAAAUAAUACACUUAAACCUGAGAUAAAGUACAAAGAGGGCUGUUUGAUGAAACUGAAAGACUGGUUUGAAGAGAACUUCCUGACUACAGGGAUCGCAGUCAUUAUUCUAUGCAUCAUUGAGGUCCUGGGAAUGUGCUUUGCCAUGACGCUCUUCUGCCACAUCAGCAGGUCUGGACUGGGAUACAAGUUAUAAAGACCCUGUGGCCUGACAUCGUUGUACAGUUACAAGUCCUCCUUAAAAGCCUUGAAUUCAAUUCAAUUUUCUUGGACAUUAAAAAAAGAAAAGCUUCAUUGUAUAGAUUUUAUUAUGAACUUCACAAGGUCGUCACCUUGGUUCAGACUGUGAUGUGAGCAUUGCUGUAUUUUACUUGUUGCUGUUUUUCCCUGCAUGUCUUUAUAUUAGACGGUUUCUGAUGCAGUAAAUUUGUUUCUUAAAUCAGCCAAUAAAGUUUGGUUCGCUCAGAGCCGACACCCAUUUCAGCAGU